AGUUGUUCUGAACGCUGCAGUAGUCUACCUGCAAUAACAGUGAGUGGGAUGGACAAAUAUUAACAUUUGCAUAAGGGAGUGUUUUUUUCUUGCGAAACUUGUUGGCACUUUUUGUCCUUCAUUUAGGAAAUAAGUAACCUACGGAAAACGGUACCUGCAACGGAACAUUUGUCAUUGUCGUUAAACCUGCGAAAUACCGCUAAAUAGUAGGCUACAGAAAAAUAUAUGCAUUUGCAGGCGUGACCAUCGCCCCAUAGUGUGACUCAUGCCGAACAUUCCCAUGGGACAUCUUGUAAACAAGUAAUUUUUUUAAAGGCGUCCACUUCCCACGUAUGUGAUUUCCACUUUCAGGAUAUAUACCAUAGCGUGGGAAUUCAGAGAGUGAAUACAUGCAUGGACCAGUCUUCAUUAGAGGAUUAACAACUCGAUAUUUCAACUGAGAAACUCCCAACAUCCAACCAACACCAGGUGUUCUCUGCUAAUACUAAAGUUCUCUCUGGAUACUGUUGGUGAGACAUUACAGCUCUACGAUGCUCCAGCAGAUUUUGACGGACAUGUUCAUAUCACCCGAGCUCCUGGCUGAGCUGAGCGAAGAGCAGAAGCAGGUGUUGUUCAUUAAGAUGCGUGAAGAACAGGUUCGACGCUGGAAGGAUAGAGAGGCUCGACUGGAGAAGGAGGAUGCCACUCUGAAGAAACCCAAGAAAGCCUCUGUGAAGAGUGUACAGUGGCUGGCGGGGAUGGAUAGUGACAUAUGGGUGUGGGUGAUGGGGGACCACCCUGCCGACCAGUCCUACGAGCAGAUCUGUGAUGACAUCAUAGCCCAGAGGGCGGCCCGCCAGGCCCAGAGAGAGGCUGAGGAGCUCAGGGGCGAAAAGGAGGCGGAGCUGGUCAAGAGGUUCUCCAGCGUCUUGAUGACUCAGAGCUGCAGUCGGUGGAAAGAGGAGGUGGAGCGACAGGAGGUGGAGCGACAGGAGGUGGAGCGACAGGAGGUGAGCCGACGGGCUGCAGCUCAGGAGCAGAGCCAACAGGAGAAAAGAGAGGCGGAGGAGAGGAGGAGGGCUGAGGAGGAGGUGCAAAGAGUGGAGCAGAAGAGAAAGCAGGAGAUCUACAUGGACUUGAGGGAGGUCAGAGAGGAGAGAAACGACCAACACUGGCAAGAUUCAUUGCGGAAGUCCAAAGCGGCUGACCUGCGGCGACGGUCCAUUGCCAAGCAGACCCGUGAUGACCACCGGCGGCAAUCGGUCAAGGCUCUGGAGCGAGGUCGUGUGGCUGCCGCCACCAGGGCCUUCGGCGGUGACAGACCUGCCCUCCCGCCCAAACCCAAACCCAGGAACCUUACUGUGACCAGCGACACCCUUAACCCGAAGCAAGGGGUGCAACGCACACUGUCCACCUCCAGCAGGGAGCACAUUAUUAGAUGGUUCCAGGAGGAACAGCUGCCUUUCCGAGCGGGCUUCCAGAAGGACCAGAGUCGCAUAGCGUCUUGGUUCCAUGGCAUCAUUUCACGGCAGGAAGCCGAGGACUUACUGAGCGAGGGGGAACCCGGGCACUUUCUGGUGCGGGUCAGCGAAAGGAUUCUGGGAUACGUCCUGUCUUAUCGAUGCAAAGAGGAGUUUAAACACUUCCUCGUUGACGCUACAGAGGGCUGCUACAUGCUGCUGGGACACCAGAUCAGAUUCACCUCGUUGGCAGAGCUUGUGGAGUUCCACGAGGGGGAGCCAAUCACCAUGUCAGGAGGGGAGCAGCUGCUCCAGCCAUGUGGCCAGAGGCCUAGUGGUGUGGACUAUGCAGAACUCUUUACCUGAAACCCUGCAAGGGUCAUGUCCCAAUAGUCUAAAACAGCCUCCUCUCCUAGUCUCCUUCCUUCAUGACCGCUGGUCAGAAAGGUCUCAACAGGUGAAUGAUCGAGACCAAGUGGUUUCACCUGUCAGUAGCUUUUAAACAGUCUAAGGACAGUAGUCAAGGUGGGAAAGGGACAAGGAAGGAAGCCACUUUAGAAUAUUAAGACACAACCUUUAGGCAUGAGACGGAUCUCUGUGGAACAAAGUGUUUCUACGGGAGACUCACACUAUGGCUAGAUAACCAACAGAGCUUGUUUUCUCAGGAGGAUUUACAGGAUGUUCAGAUAGAAGUGUAAUGUUUAGAACCGAUUACGGUGUCUCAUGUAGACUAGAACAAUAAUAGAAUAACCAUUUUUUAUCAAGGCGGAACUUCGGUUGACUUCAUACUAGGGAAUCGUGUCGGUUCAAGUAAUUAUAUUUCUAUCUGCAAUGUUCAGAAAGUUUCACAUCCGUGUUGACGUUGACUCUACCCCCCCCCCCAGUGCCAACUGUCAAGCCACUGACUUUCUAUUAUAUAUAGACCUCCUCUAUCCCCCAUGUACAAUAUGAACAGGCCUGUAAUAUCAUUUCCGGUGAUGUAUUCAUAGACAAGUACCAAGAGGCCAGUAUUGUAAAGGCACAUUUGACAGCGACAAUAAACAACAGUCGCCUGUUUGGGGACGAAUUACUUGAAUAAAUGCACUUUGUAUUGCAA